GCGAAAUUAACGUUUUCAGAUGAACUGGUGCCUACUUGCAGGCGUUAUAACAUUGUUUCUGAGCGUUUCUUCUCUGCCUUACUACGAAGAUGACUUUUCUGACAUCCAGGGACCGUACUGCGAAAAUAUAGGAUGCUGCAAUGACCGACAAGAUUCCUGUUCUGUUCCUAUAUUGGGUACCUUGUGCUACUGUGAUGAAUUCUGCAACCAUACGAGAGUAGAUGACUGUUGUCCAGAUUUUUGGUACCAUUGUAAGGGCAUCCCCCCUCCCACUACUACGACCACAACCACUAGAGGACCCCCACAGCCCAUAGUUGGAUGCGAAGUAGAAGGGUCGAAUCGUACCAUUUUCUGGAAAGAAAAAGUUAUCGUCAACUGCAAUGAAUGUAUUUGUGAAAGCGCAGGACGAGACAAAGUGGAGUUGUUAUGUGAAACUAACGUUUGUUUGAUGGAUCCCAUGAUUACGGAGACGAUCAAUAGGAACCCAGAAAAAUUCGGCUGGACGGCAGCUAACUAUUCUGAAUUUUGGGGAAGGACUCUAGAUGAAGGCAUCAAACUUAGAUUAGGAACUCUUCCUCCUCAGCAAUUCGUGAUGAGGAUGAACUCAGUAAGGAGGAUGUACGACCCCAACGCACUCCCCAGAGAAUUCGACUCCGAGGAAAUUUGGCCUGGUUACAUUUCCGGUAUUAGAGAUCAAGGAUGGUGCGGGUCUUCUUGGGCUCUUUCGACCGCAGCGGUAGCUUCAGAUAGGUAUGCCAUAGUUUCGAAAGGAAAGGAAGCAGUGGAGUUGAGUGCACAGAAUUUGAUAUCUUGUGACACGAAAGGUCAACAAAGCUGCAGCGGGGGUCAUUUGGAUAGAGCUUGGUCAUUCACUAAAUACUACGGCCUUGUGGACGAAGAGUGUUUUCCAUACGUAGGCAGAAACGAACCCUGUACUAUCAAAAGACAAGGCUCGCUGGCGAGAGCUGGAUGUAGACCACCAAAAUAUGGAGACAGGAAAUCAAGAUACACUGUUGGUCCAGCUUACAGACUUGGAAAUGAAACCGAUAUCAUGUAUGAAAUAACAAAAUCAGGACCUGUUCAAGCUACCAUGAAAGUACAUCACGACUUUUUCACAUACAAUGGAGGCAUAUAUAAACACAGCGACUUGAAUCUGAACGACAGACAUGGAUAUCAUUCUGUUAGAAUAAUUGGGUGGGGAGAAGAAAUGACUUACAAUGGCCUGCAGAAAUAUUGGAAAGUUGCCAACAGUUGGGGACCAAAUUGGGGAGAAAAUGGCUACUUCAGGAUAGCUCGAGGAACGGAUGAAAGCGAAAUUGAGUCCUUUGUAAUUGCCUCUUGGCCAGGAGUUGAUCGAAAAAUUCUGUUGAUGGCUGAAGAACUCCCAAAUCCAGCUUAAGGUUUCAUCGCGCAUUCAAUGACGGAACCAUUCACUUUUAAUCUAACUGAACUUAAAGUUCCAUUAAAGUGGAUGUUUGGUACUGGCAGGCAGCCAGCAUUGAUCUUUCGAAAUUUCAAAGUGUAUUUAGGAUUGAUUCAAAAAGUGUUAUCUACCUUUAGGACAUUUCAGGUGUACUUAAUACCGGUAUAAAAUAGACAUAUUUUUUAUUGUUAAGAAAGUAUACUUAUACUGCCUUUUUACAAAUAAUUUGUAAGUCUUGUUGAAAGUUACAGAAUCAUCACUUAUUGAUGUAGCUAUUUUGGCAGCAUCGAUCAGGAAUGACUUAGUCAUGAAUCUUUUUUGAAACACCAAAGUUGUUCAACAUGUGAAGGCAAGGCAAACAUUCAAUUCGAUGUAGCAUUAGUUUUAAGUUUAUUAGAUGUUAGAAUACAAACAUUAUUAGUAGGAUUGAAAAUUCACUAUUUUUUACUGUAUUGAUAUUUAAUACAUUUUAUACUCAACCUUGAA